UUGAUGGAUUUGGAGAGGUUAGAUUCUUCCAUGAUAUACAAAAUGUGAAAGGUUCAAUAUUCCAUUGAGUGAAAGCACAGCAGCAAGUAUUGAAGAAAAAAAGGUUGGAUUUUUUCAUAUCAGAAAAUGGCGGCAAAAUUGGGGGUUUCGAGAAUUAGAAGAUUGGAAGAUACAUUCAUCCCCAUAUUAAGAAAAUGCAACAAGACAAAGUUGUUGAAGAGAAUCCAUGCCCAAAUGGAGAAGUUCUCAUUGCUGCAAAGCAAUUUCUUGCUCACAAGAAUGCUGGAGAUCUGCGAUCAAACUGGUGAGAUUGAGUAUGCAAAUUUGCUCUUCAAAAGAGUUGCAGACCCAAAUAUCUUCAUAUACAACACAAUGAUCAGAGCCUAUACCCGCAACCAAAUGUAUCUAUCAACCAUCACCUUGUACAAGUCGAUGUUGAGCUGCUUUGAAAUUCUUCCUGAUAGAUUCACGUACCCAUUUGUAAUUAGGUCAAUUGGUGGGAUGCCGGAUGCUUGUUUGGCGAAGCAGAUUCAUGGGCAUGUCUGCAAAUUUGGGCUGAUUGAUGACAGUAUGGUUAAAAAUUCUCUCUUGUAUAUGUAUGUCAAGUGUGAUGCAAUGGCGGAGGCACACAAGGUGUUCGACGAAAUGUCUGAGAGAGAUGUUGUAUCGUGGAACAGCCUCGUCUCCGGCCACAUGAGGCUGGGCCAAGUUAGGAAGGCUCGAGCCAUGUUUGAUGCGAUGCAGUGCAAGAACAUUGUCUCUUGGACUGUGAUGAUAUCAGGGUACACGAAAAACGGUUGUUUUGCGGAGGCGUUGGAUGUGUUUAGGGAAAUGCAGAUGACCGGGGUGCUGCCGGAUUGGGUCAGCUUGGUAGCUGUGUUGCCCGCCUGUGCACAGCUGGGAGCUUUAGAGCUCGGGCGAUGGAUCCAUUUCUACGCGGAGAGGAGGGGUUUCUUAGCUAAUACUCGCGUGUGCAAUGCAUUGAUAGAGAUGUACACAAAAUGUGGAGGAGUGGGGCACGCGUUGCAGCUGUUUGGGGCGAUGGAGGAACCAGAUGUCGUGUCGUGGAGCACGAUGAUUGGUGGUUUGGCGAAUCACGGGAGGGCUCGCGAAGCUAUUGAGUUGUUUGAGGAGAUGCAGAAGGCAGAAGUGAAGCCUAAUGAGAUCACAUUCAUAGGCUUGUUAUCUGCUUGCAGCCACGCAGGUUUGUUGGAGGAUGGGCUGAGGUAUUUCCAUUCAAUGGAGAGUGGUUACGGCAUGAAGCCUGGGGUGGAGCACUACGGGUGCGUGGUGGAUAUGUUGGGACGGACAGGACACGUCGAUCAGGCCUUGGAGCUCAUCAGGGGGAUGAUGAUGAGGCCGGGAUCAGCGAUAUGGGGCUCGCUGCUGAGUUCGUGCAGGGGCAACCGCGAUCAUCUUGAGACGGCUGUGGUGGCAGCGGAGCAACUCUUGGAGCUGGAGCCAGGGGACACGGGGAACCUGGUGCUGCUUGCUAAUAUAUACGCGGAUCUUGGGAAGUGGGGGGAGGUUUCGAGGUUGAGGAAGGUGAUGAGAGGGGAGGGGAUGAGGGGGAGGAAGCCAGGGUGCAGCCUCAUUGAGGUCGACAGCGUGGUGGAGGAGUUCGUGGCCGGGGAUGACACGAAGGCAUGCUCGGGGGAGGUGUUUCGGAUGCUGGGUGUGGUUGCUGUGCAUCAGAGGGAAGAGAUGUUGGAUGAUGUGAUUGUGUUAGAUCAUUAGGUACGAAGGAAAGCUCAAUUUUGUGUAGGUUUGAAUCAACAUACAGUCUAUAGCACUAGUUUGUAAGAACUGAACCACAAAUGUAAAGGUACACAGCUAGUUGAAGUUAUAAGUAAUUCAUUUUAA